UGAUAAAACGUUCAGAAAAUCGACAUGGAAUUAUGAUAUAUUACAAAAAAAAAAUCGACCCUGGAAAUACUAAUUCCAUUGGCUGGGAUUCUGAAGCCGCAGUGGCGUGCAGCUAGCCUCAGCGUCACGAGUGCAGCGCUGUCAAAAUCAGCAAUUAUGAGAAAUUGGCCAAAAUGAUGUCUGAAGAAAGUGAGCCCAUGAGGCACAUUGAUCUUGGGUCUCCUUCUCUGGAACAACCAGCGGCUGGUCACUGGUUCCCUGGCCCUCCCCCGCCCGUCUACUCCUGCACUCUGACUCCUGAGCUGGUGGCCAAGGCCCGGGAGGAGCUACAGGAGAAGCCAGAGUGGAGGCUGAGAGACGCACAGGCCCUGAGGGACAUGGUGCUGAAGGAGCAGCCUAACCUCCGGACCAGGCUGGACGAUGCCUUUCUCCUGCGCUUCCUACGGGCCAGGAAGUUUGACUAUGACCGUGCCAUGCAGCUGCUCCUCAACUACCACACCAGCCGGCGGGCCUGGCCCGAGGUCUUCCAGGACCUGAAGCCCUCCACGGUCAAACAUGUGUUAGACCUGGGCUUCCUGACCGUUCUGCCCCAUCCGGACCUUAAUGGAUGCUACAUCCUCUGUCUUAGACCUGGAAAAUGGAAAGCAAAUGACUAUCCAUUUGAGGACAACAUCCGGGCCGUUUACCUGACUCUGGAGAAGCUGAUUCAGCCAGAGGAGACUCAGGUGAAUGGGAUCGUCAUCUUAGCAGACUACACUGGGGUGGGCUUGUCCCAGGCAUCCAAUCCGGGCCCGUUCCUGGCCAAGAAGGUUGUCAGCAUCCUUCAGGAUAGCUUCCCAAUAAGAAUCAAGGCUGUUAACAUCAUAAAUGAGCCCCGGAUUUUCAAAGGGAUCUUUGCAAUAAUUAAGCCUUUCCUGAAGGAGAAGAUGGCAGAGAGGUACGUUCUCCACGGGUCAGACCUGCGCUCUCUGCACCGCAAAAUUCCUCAAUCCGUCCUGCCAGAGGAGUAUGGUGGAGUGGCCAGACACCUUGACAUGUCAGCCUGGUCAAAGACUUUACUGGACUCUGAGGAGGAGUUUAUAGUGGAGUUCUGCCAGCCAGAUCCUCUAGAGGGCGUAGUCCUCCCAGACUCCAUGCUGUUUGAAGGGGAGCAGCCUGGUGGUGGUGCCAGGGAUGACGACACCUUCAGGGGGCUACGCUCUCAGCUCUACUACUGUUACUGAUAAUGACCACCACCACCUCUCGCUACUAUGAGGAUACUAGCCUGGUCCCAGAUGUGUUUGUGCUGUCUUGCCAACUCCUAUGGUCAUUGAUGUGACAUUGACCAUAGUUGGUAAAACAGAACUAGAUCUGGGACCAGACUGAGGACACCACUGUUUAUUUUUCCCACUAAUUGUUCUUUUGACCAAUCACAUCAGAUAUUUUUUUAGAUCUGAUUGGUUUUCACUAAUUGGUCUUUUGACCAAUCAGAAUAAGGCUGCCUGUAUAAACGCAGCAAAAGUUAUUUAGUAGAAAUCACUACAGGAAGAGCUAAAGAGAUGUCUGGGCCCAUAUUCAAAAAGUGUUUCAAGAGUAGGAGUGCUGAUAUAGGAUCCGUUUUUACCUUUGAGAUCAAAAUGAAUAUGGGGCCUACUACACUCCACAUUGGCCAAGCAUAAGGCAACUUCAGGUUCUGGUAAGGAAGCUUUACAGGAGCUGCUAAUGCAUGUAUACUUAUUUAGUAGUUUGUGCCUCUAUUUUAAAAUGGCUCUGAUUUCCAUUGUAAGAUUUAUUUCCCAUAGAGGAAGACGUUUGACUGUGCCCAUUUGAAAUGCCACUCACUUCCACUUUUUCCUUAAUUUCUCAGAAUACAUGUAGAGGCUCUUCAUUGGCAUGGUGAUAUUCAAACACUGUGUAGUUACAGAAUACAAGUACCGAGGCUCUUCAUCUGCAUGGUGAUGUUCAAGCACCAUGUAGUUACAGAAUACAAGUACCAUGGCUCUUCAUCGGCAUGGUGAUAUUCAAGCACCAUGUAGUUACAGAAUAGAAGUACCGAGGCUCUUCAUCUGCAUGGUGAUAUUCAAACACCAUGUAGUUACAGAAUACACGUACCAAGGCUCUUCAUCGGCAAGGUGAUAUUCAAACACCAUGUAGUUACAGAAUACACGUACCGAGGCUCUUCAUCGGCAAGGUGAUAUUCAAACACCAUGUAGUUACAGGACACAUACUUUGCCUUAAUCUAUUUUUGAUAAUUAUAGAUAUGCAAGGGGUUAUGAAUGGGGUUUAAUUUGUAUGUAAUCAUACAAGUAUGCCACUUUUAUCCAAAGCAACGUACAGUGCAGUGAGUGGAUAGCGUACAAUUGUAGCAUGUGUAUGUAAUUCCAGCAGGAAUUGAAACCCAUGAACUUGCCUUUGCUGGCGCCAUGCUCUUCCUGAACCACUCAAGACCUGUAAUGUCUGAGUUACUGAGCGCCAAAGCCUACAGUGUACCUUCAUGGCAGUGUACCUACAUUAUCAUUGAAAAGUUUGAGGUCACUUUGAAAUGUCCUUGUUUUUGAAAGAAAAACACUUUGUCCAUUAAAAUAAUAUCAAAUUGAUCAGAAAUACAGUGUAGACGUUAGUGUUGUAAAUGACUAUUGUAGCUGGAAACGGUUGAUUGGAAAAAAAAAAAAAGGAAUAUCUACAUAGGCGUACAGAGGCCCAUUAUCAGCAACCAUCACUCCUGUGCAUGUUGUGUUAGCUUAUCCAAGUGUAUCAUUUUAAAAGGCUAAUUGAUCUUUAGAAACCCUUUUGCAAUUAUGUUAGCACAGCUGAAAUCUGUUCUGAUUAAGGAAGCAAUAAAACUGGCCUUUAGACUGGUUGAGUAUCUGGAGCAUCAGCAUUUGUGGUUUCAAUUACAGGCUCAAAAUGGCCAGUAACAAAGACUUUAUUCUGAAACUUGUCAGUCUAUUCUAGUUCUGAGAAAUGAAGGCUAUUCCAUGCGAGAAAUUGUCAAGAAACUGAAGAUCUCGUACAACGCGGUGUACUACUCACAGAACAGCGCAAACUGACUCUAACCAGAAUAGAAAGAGUGGGAGGCCCCGGUGCACAACUUAGCAAGAGGACAAGUACAUUAGUGUCUUAGUGUAAAAAAAAUGUGCUUUUAAAAAACGAGGACAUUUCUAAGUGACCCCAAACUUCUGAAUGGUAGUGUACCUACAUGACAGUGUGACACCAAAGCAAUAUUGAUGCACAUUUGUUCAUAUUAAUACUAAUUUAACUAGUCCUGAUCAGUUGUCACUCAUGCUGAUUUGAUUUCCACCACUAGCAUUGUAAAUUGUGGAUAGUUGUAUGAUAUAAAAGUACUAACUACAGUGUUACAUUAAAGUUAACAUAGCUCAAAUUAACAUGAACAUUUUUUACAUUUAAUAGCUAGUAUGUAGAUGAAAUUGCCAUGUUUAUGCAUUGUUCUAGACAAGUUUGAAUCCACAGACUAUUUUGAUAUGUAACGUUACAGAUACAGCUUUUUUGUGUUUUCUUUGCAUUAACAACACUUAGGGCAGUUUUCCUGGACACAGAUUAACCCUAGUCCUAGACUGAAAAGCAUGUUCAAUGGAAAUUCGCCAUUGAAAUGACCUAUGCUGUGAUCUGGAAACUGGUCCAUAAUGUUUUGUUUUACCAGUUACAAUCUCAACCCAGGGUACAGAAGCCAGCUAUGGGGAUACCCACCCAGCAACACUGGAGCUAUGUAAUUGUGCCAAAUAUUUGAUUAUUACCAUGGACCAUUUUGAGGUUAGGUUAUAUUGUGCAGAUGAACUCACUCAAUAGACAAAGAGUAUACCAAACAUUAGGAACACCUUCCCAAUAUUGAGUUCCUUCUUUAACCUGUCUCCUUCCCUUCAUCUACACUGAUUGAAGUGGAUUUAACAAGUGACAUCAAUAAGGGAUCAUAGCUUUCACCUGGUCAUUCAAAGUCAUGGAAACAGGUGUUCAUAAUGUGUUGUAUACUCAUGAGUUUAUAUUUUAUUCAUUAUUUUAUGAAAGGCCAAAUUGUCUAAAAAAUAUAUAUUUUGUCAUUAAGUUACAUUCCACAAUGUUAUAUUGUAAUUAGCUAAUCCAUUUAUUUUUCUAAUAUGUCUAAGCAUGUCUGCAGUCUCUUCAUAUUUUAGAGUAGGCCUCCAUUGAUCAAUAGGUGAAUAAACACAUUUCCAAUUCA